GCAAGUGCAGGGGCUAAUUACCUUUUUUAAUGGGUAUAGAGACACUGGUUUUUGUAAUGCAUUGGAAAAAGCAAAAGAAAUUGCACUUGAAAUGGAGAUCGAUCCUACAUUUCGUCAAAAGCGUGAGAUUAAAAGAAAGAAACAAUUUGAUGAAAACCCAGAUGAUGUGUUAAUUUCUUCACAACCUGCACAUGAAUCAUUUAGGAGAAAAUAUUUUAUUCCUGUUGUUGAUCAGGCUAUCAGUUCACUUACAACAAGAUUUGAGCAAUAUGAAUCAUUCCAAAAGAACUUUGGUUUUUCAUUUACUUCUGAUGCACUAAAAUCAUUGGAUGAGAAGAGCUUAAAAUAUUCUUGUAGUGUUCUUGAGGCUGCACUAAAGAGUGGGGGGAAAUCAGACAUUAAUGGUAGUGAAUUAUAUGUUGAGCUAAAUUUACUUAAAAGUUUCAUUCCAAAUGAUAAUAUGGGGCCGGUUGAUAUCUUGAAAUUUCUUAAACGGCUAGAUUGUUUCCCUAAUGCAACUAUUGCAUAUAGAAUUUUGUUAACUAUUCCAGUGACCGUCGCAUCAGCUGAGAGAAGUUUCUCCAAAUUGAAAUUAUUGAAGUCCUAUCUACGUUCAACAAUGACACAAGAAAGGCUCAGUGGGUUGGCUACUAUAGCAAUUGAAAAUGAUAUACUGGAGGGGGUUGCUUAUGAAGAUCUAAUUGAAGAUUUUGUAUCAAGAAAUGUUCAAAGGAUGGCACGCUUUGGCUAACAGAGUAAAAGAUGGACCUGUAGCUCAAAAUUCUAAGAUUUUUCUCUUGUAUUAUGUAGUUCCUUGAGAAAUCUGUACUGCUGUAGUGACUAAUAAAAAUAAUGUUUAAAUUGCCUACUUGACUUUCUUAUACAUGGGGCCUAAAUUGUGAUUUCGCUCCGGGGCCUCAAUUUCCGGGGUACGGCCCUGGUCCCACCCGCCACGCCUCACCAUCCGCGCCCCGCGCUGCACGUGGAUCUGGCUGAAACCAACCGAAACUGGCCGCCCCCGCCACCACAACCUCACCCGAGAAGCGUGAGGCCGC